UAUUGAAAUAAUUUAAUGCUUGAGAAUAGAGAUAUUGAGUGGCAACAAUGAACAAUCCAAAGAUAAAGACACCUUUAAUCUUUGCUUGUUAUUGUUAGCUUUGGUUUUCUUUUUCUUGUUUCAUUAAACAAUGAAAAUACAUAAACAACAGUUGUAAAUUGUAAUAUACAUACUUUUUCAAUUUCCCAUUCAUGAUGAAAAACUAAAACAAAGCUAUUAUUAUCAUUAUUUUUUGCUUUCCUUUUCUUUCUUCUUUGGAUCGGAUCUGGAAAUUAGCUUAAACACAUUAACAAGGCAAAACCCAAAGCUGUUUCACUUUUCUCUUCCAAAAAAACAGCUUCUUUUUUUCUGGGUUUUUCAUUUCAUGGAAGAUUUCACCUUGCCUUCCAUUGUUUUUGCUGUUCAUCUAAGAUCAGCUUGAUGCUUCUAUAACCAAUGGCUUUAUCAUAGAGUUAUCAUCAACUAGAGGGGGAGAGUUCUUUUAGUUUGAUAAAAUUUGGAGCUUGGUUUGGCAUUGGUUGGUGUUUGUUGAAUUGUUUCAAUGGAAUCAGUUGGGAAUUCUUCAUCAAAGAAUAAAAAUCCAGGUUCUUCAACAUCAUCCCAUGUAGCUGAUCUUAACAAUGGUGUUAGGAUUAUUCGACAUCCAAAUGGUUCAAUAGGGUAUCAAAAGCAUCCGAGCAAAGCAGCUAUUGAUAACAUGCAGAAGCAUGAAGAAUUGCCUUCAAUGGCGAAACGUUAUUAUGAUUCAAGCAAAGGGAAAAACAACGAGCUUCUUAUUGCUAACCAGAUGAAGAACUUGACAAUGGAAAGCAAAUCUUCAUCAAAGCAUCCCAUUGAUGAUACUGUGUCUCAAUCAGAAUCAAGCUUUUGUCAAAGUCCUUCAAAUAAUGGCAAACCAAGUUUCACCAACACUGAACUUAGUGAAAGUGGGAGCUGCAGUGGUGAAGUGAGUAGGAAAACAAGCAUUUAUAGAGGGAGCACUGGGAGUGAUUUCAGUGAUGAAAGCAGUUCUAGUUGUUUAAGCAGUGCCAUUUACAAACCCCAUAAAGCAAAUGAUAUUAGAUGGGAAGCAAUUCAAGCUGUGAGAUCUAGGAAAGGGGAUUUGGACUUUAGGCACUUUAGGGUGUUGAAGAGAUUGGGAUGUGGGGAUAUAGGCAGUGUUUAUCUCUCUGAAUUGACUGGCACUAGGACUUAUUUUGCCAUGAAAGUUAUGGAUAAAGCUCUUUUGGCAAGUAGAAAGAAGCUCCUUAGAGCCCAAACUGAGAGAGAGAUUCUUCAAUCUUUGGAUCAUCCAUUUUUGCCAACCUUGUAUACUCACUUUGAGACUGAGAAGCUUUCUUGCUUGGUUAUGGAGUUUUGCCCUGGUGGAGACUUGCAUGCUCUCAGGCAAAGACAACCUGGAAAGUACUUCUCAGAACAAGCUGCCAGAUUUUAUGUGGCAGAAGUGCUCCUUGCUUUGGAGUAUCUUCACAUGCUUGGGAUCAUUUACAGAGACCUUAAGCCCGAAAACGUUUUGGUGAGAGAAGACGGUCACAUAAUGCUCUCCGAUUUUGACCUCUCCCUUAGAUGUGCCGUCUCUCCGACGCUUGUAAAAUCUUCGAACUCAACCCUGGAAUCAAAAAAUUCGGCAUACUGUGCCCAGCCUGCGUGCAUUGAACCAACUUGCGUAAUGCAGCCUGAUUGUAUCCAACCUGCAUGUUUUGGACCCCGGUUUUUUUCAAGCAAGCAGAAGAAAGAAAAGAAGAGCAAAGUAAAGAAUGAAACGAAUCAUCAAGUGAGUCCUCUCCCCGAGCUCAUUGCUGAACCUACCAAUGCUCGAUCGAUGUCGUUUGUCGGCACUCACGAGUACUUGGCACCCGAGAUUAUUAAAGGUGAAGGCCAUGGAAGUGCUGUAGAUUGGUGGACAUUUGGGAUAUUUUUGUAUGAACUUUUGUUUGGUAAAACACCAUUUAAAGGGGCCGGGAACCGAGCAACUCUCUUCAAUGUUGUUGGCCAGCCAUUAAGAUUUCCAGAGUAUCCUAAUGUGAGCUUCGCUGCUAGGGACUUGAUCCGAGGUCUACUCGUAAAGGAACCACAGCACCGGCUUGCAUACAGACGAGGUGCUACAGAAGUUAAACAGCAUCCGUUCUUUCAGAGCGUGAACUGGGCUCUCAUUCGUUGCGCGAAUCCGCCUGAGGUGCCAAAGCCAGCUAUGAUGGACUUUUCAGCCACCCAGACCGACAUUGGGAAAGUACCUACGAACAAUAAGAUGCCGGGUUUAGAUGUGAAGCCUUCAGGUAACUAUUUAGAGAUCGAUUUCUUUUGAUACUUGUGGUUAUUUUUGGUUUCUCAGUUGAAUGAAUGUACACCGGUGGUACUCUUUAAAGCAUUUUGGUCAUGCAAUGAAAGCUAUAGAAACCGUUAGUUCCUUUUGGUA